CGUAGAUAGAGAAAGAGAGACAGACGAGCGGGUAAGGGAGAGAGAAAGAGAGAGGCGGCAUUAGUGGUAGCGUUCGGUGCUCUGUGCACUCGCCAUCUUGGACGAAUCAUCGAGUAGCAGAGCGAGAGCGAGCGGAGAGGAGAGUGCUGUGUCUGGCGUGUGUGUUUAAGACGACGACGUCGCAAGCGGCGAGCAGCGCGGCACACACAGUUCAUCCACCCCCUGUCAUCAACGGUUGUAGUAAAGUUAACGCACGCAAGCGACAAAAAAAGGAAGAAAGGUAUCGCAACCAUCAUCAUCGUCCGCACCAUUGAGAGCCAGGCAGAGAGAAAAAGGGAACGAGCGAGCGAGACAGAGUCAUCAGAGAGCGAGAGAGAUCAAAGAGAGAGACACGCGCGUACGCGUCCGCACGCCUUUGCCCUUUAGUGAUAGAGAGAUAACGAGAAGAAAAGAGCGUCGUUGGGACUCUGCAAGGCCCUGGUUUUUCGUGGAAUCGUGACACCCAUUUGGACGGACCAAGACAAAGGGUUCGUUCGUUGGGUCUGAGUGGUACUAAAUGGUUGCCUGCAGACAGCAUGUCUACUCUGUCGGGGAUUGCGUCGAAGGGGGAGAAAGGAAAGACAAAGUACCAAUCGAUAGAUAUCAAUAGUUUGUACAGAUCAAGCAGGGGAGAAUCUUUGGAGCAACACCAGCAGAAAAACACAGUACCCCGUAAACAUGGAAUGCAAAGCUUGGGAAAGGUGCCCUCGGCGAGGCGACCACCUGCUAAUCUGCCCAGUCUGAAAAGUGAAACCAGCAGUAGCGAUCCAGCUGUCAGUCUUGUACCUACUGGCGGAAGUGGUUGGGCCACAACCAAGGAUUUAGCAUCUACAACUAAUACUGUAACAACAAUAUCAAAUACUCCAUCUGACAACACAGCUACUAACGUAUCACCGGCACAAUGUAUGACAGGACCUCCAUCAGUAAUAUCACAACAGCAUCCACCACUGCCAGGGCAACAGAGCAGUUCACAUCCAUCCGAAGCAGGAAACAAGUCAUCAUGGAGCGCGAUAAUGAGCAGGCCAGGAGAUGUUGUUGGCUACGCGGGGCUCGUGGAGUCAGGUCGAGGUGGCGGUCGAGGCGGUGCAGGCUUGAGCUUUCUCGCCCAUCAGUCACCACAAUUUCAACACGAGUUUCCAAGCCUGAGCGGCGGACAGUCAUCCUCCUUGGGCACAAGCCCACCAACAGCCAAUCAUCCACAACAGCAGCAGCAACAAAAUCAGAUCUCAAGUGGUGUUGUCCAGCACCAAUCAAUGCUGCAGCAGCAACAAAACUAUUCUCACAACCACUCAGGAGGUGGACCCACAGGACAACAACCACAACAAAACCGAGAAAACGCACAAUAUGGUCCAGGUCCAAGUCUACGUCCCCAAACCGAAGGAAGCUGGAUACAAGGUGGAAGCCGAAUAGCAGGAAAUCAACAGCAGCAAGGUGGUGCAAUAGUUGGUCCUGGCGUGGUCGGGACACCGAAUAUUCCGGUGGGCCAGGUCCCCCUGGUAGGUCCAAAUGCGGGGCCAUUAUCAACUGUUGGCCAACAGCCACAAGACAGCUCCACUGGAGGACGUGCGAGCUCGGGCCCAUCGCCAGCCAUAAUCACGGGCCCGGCAGGCCAGCCGAAUAAUCAACCGUCACAGGGACCACCACCCAAUAUGCAUCACUACAGAGGAAUCAUUCCUCCCUUUAUGUACAGGGGCAAUAAUUUCCCAGCACAAUUCCCUGCUGGUGGUCCUCGUCCUCGCGGUAAUUACCCCGAGGCACGUGGUGGUAGUGGUGGUCCCAAUGCUCGCGCUUCGCCACCAGUUGAGAAAGAAUCAAUAAUCACUCGACCUAUCAUCAAGGAGGAAGAUUUGUCGCGUAUGGAUGACAUCUCGCGUGAUGCCGGCUGGGCCGCGUCCGAUGACAUCGACUAUAACCAGAAGCUGACUUUCAGUGAUGACGAGCCCGACAACGAGUCGUCCGACAAGAGAGACGAUAACCACCAUUAUCGAAGGCAACAUCAGCAUCAACACCAACAUCACGAACAGAAACAGGAACAAGAGAAUAAACAUGCCCAAGAUGAAAAGGAUCAUGCUAAUGCUAAAGAGCAAAAAGAUAGUAAUGGUGGUAAUGGACCACCAAUGAGGUCGUGGAAUAAUCAAGGGCCACUGCCCAGAGAUUAUCGUGGACCACCCCCAGCUGGCUACUCACCACAGCCUUCCAUGCGCCCUGGACACGCUAUUAGACAAGACGAAGAAGAGCUAUGGAACCACCGAAGCGAACGCGUGAGCGAAAACAUCGCGUCGGCGGUUGAGCGAGCUCGUCAACGUAAAGAGGAGGAGGAAAAGCGUUUUCAGGAGUUGACAAAGCAAGCCGCAGCCAAAAAACUGCAGGAUCUUGAGAACAAGUUGAAAGAGAAGCGUAAAAAAGACGAGGAGCAGCAAAAAAGCAAAGAUCCAAACGAUGCGAAGUCAACGCCGGCGAUACCAGUACCAGAGUGGGACAGCCGGUUUCGUACUUCGUCGACCGAUGUCAACAAGGAUCAGCCACUGCAGCAGCAACAGCAGCUGCAGGCUUCAAGCAAACAGGAUUCGACAAGUGAGUUCCGCCAGAUAGACCGUCCCUCUUUCGUACGACAAUCGUCCGGUGAUCAAUCUACUGCUACGUCGACUGCGACGUCGACAGCGGCGACAACGUCAGCUGCAAGAGAGCCCGCCUUCUCCCGGCACUUUCAGAGCAAUCUGCCGCCACGCUUCCAAAAGCAGCAGCAGCGAGAGGCCGCUGAACGUGGAGGAGGUGGCACAGGUGCGACCAACAACACCAAUACGCGGCUUACGCCCAGCCCCUCGCAGGCAAACUUACCCUUCUCGCAGCAAUACGACCCAAGCCGAUGGGCCCAUAACCAUUCUAACUCAUUGAGCAAGUCAAUGGCUCCAGUGUCUGAAGAUAGACGUCGUUCCGACGAACGUCAUCGACCUAAUCGUCACGGUGGAGGUGGAGGUGGCGAGCGUGGCAGUGGCCGUGACGGUUACUACGACGAUUAUCCACCGCGACGAGGUGGUGGCGAUCGUGGUGGUGGUGGUGAUCGUUUUGGCAAAGAUUACGAUUACGAGGACAACCGACACACUGGCAACUGGGCCGAUCACGCCGAGAGACGAGGAUAUGAUGAUAAGGAUGGUAGAGAAAGGGAUCUAAGAGACAAGAAGGAUUACGACAAUUAUUCCAAGGAUUACAACGAGCAAGCGGCUAACAGAGACCACGGUCGUGAGUCGAACCGCAGCGAGAAUUCCGGCGGGCCGGAAUGGCGCUCCUCGCAUGGCGAUGAUACGAGCAGCAGUAAUAAUCAACGUCGUACCGAAGAAAACCGUCCUCAACGUCCAGACUCUCGUGACAGUCGUGCAUCCCGUGAUUCUCGUCAGUCUCUCCGAGGCGAUGACGAUUUCCAUAAAAGUGGUUCGUGGGCCAAUGAUUUCUCGGACUAUGAGGAAGGUAGUAAGAAAAAUUUUCGAGACGAGCCCUCGGCACCGCCAGUACGAGAUCGACGCCAGCCGGCCGGACCGGUGACCAAGGACAAGCUCGACCAGGAGGAGAUCAAGCGUGGCAUGACUUCUUUGAAACGAGGUGGACCGGAUCCAAAUCCUAAGAAGGACCAAGAUUCCGGCAAGAGCAGCAUCGAGCAGCAGCAGCAGUCAUCGUCGAUGACUGGUGGUAGCGAGGCCAAUAAAAAGGACAAUGAUGUUUGGAAUCGAAACAAAAGCACGCCUGAUCCUAUCAAAAGCAAUACCAGUUGGGCGGACUCCAUCCCAUCGCCUACUUUUGAGAAGGAGGAGGAAGAGAAGCGUUUAAUGGCGGCACAGAACAAUGAUGCCGAUAAAAAGAUUGGCAAUCUGAAGCAGGGUAUGGAAAAGCUCAAUUUAGAUGGUAAUAAGCGCUCGAGCAGCGACCUCGACGCUGAGAAAGAUGAGCAGAAGGAUGACAAGCGUGACAAGAAUGCCCGUAAUCGGGCCAGCAGUAGCGGUUCUCGCGGUCCACGUGGCGGUGAGCCUCGUGGAAAUCGCCAAUGGGGUAGUGGACGCGAAAGCAACGUCAGCAAUCAAGUGCCCGUAGGUGGUCAGGUUCAGGGGAGUGGAUCCUUCAGUAACGCUUACGGUCAACGCUGGCGUGGCAACGAGCCUCCUGCUCGCGGUGGUGGUGGACGUCGUUCUGGCGGCAACCGGAUGGGCGGUAGUGGUCGUUCCGGCAAAGGUGGCAACUACGAACGUACUGACUCGGAGCUGAGUGGCGACGAAAUCAUCCGCGAGGGUGGUGGUGGCAGUCUCGAGACAGGCAAGGAUGACAGGCGGCCCUCGACUGCGAGAUCGCCUAAACCAUCUGCUCACAAGGGCGAGAAGGACGAGCGGAAUCGUAAUGCCGCUUCUACCAGAAAGGACGAGGCGCCGCGUCAACCCGGCGAGUUCUCUCAACCCCCUAAGAAAAACGAACGCAGCGCGUCCGACUUAGACUCCAGGCGACCCGCUCGCGAAGGUUUCGCCCCUUCCGGUGAACCAUCGCGGCGUGGUCGCGGUGGAUUUCGCAACAAUCGUGGAGGACCGCCAGCAGCGACAGCAACAAGUGGCGGUAGUAGUGGAACAGGAGGCGGUGGCAGUGGUGGCGCACCAUCGAGCGCUGGGUCCGGCGGGCGCAUUGAGGGUUAUGGGCCGCCCCCCAGCAAGAGCCCCUUUUCCUCGGGCGACGACAAUAAGCAGUUCAACGUCGACGAGUCCGGAAAUAACGCUGCAGAUCACCACUCCGAAUCAACCGACGACAAAAUUAUAGCCAAGCAACAGGCACUCACUGCCGGUAUCACUGGUGGCAGACACACGAAGUCGCCAAAUCAGAUGAAUCAACCGCUCGACGCUCAAGGCAAACCUCUCAAGAAGGACGACUCGAGGUCGAAACGCACGAGAAGCGGCAGUAGGAGGACCCGAGGUGGCGGUGGAAGAGGCAUAAAUGCGGCUAACAAGAAUUCGGCCGACAUUGGUGCCGAGGAGUGGGAGACUACAUCGGAGAAUAGCGAGGAGCACGCCAAUGAGAAAAAGGACGGUCACGGUGGUCGCAAGGGAUUUGGAGGUAGAGGUGACAGACAGAACGCCGUUGGUAAUAAUGGCUCGCAGCACGGUCGAGAGCCCAGAGGCAACAGAGAGCCAAGAGGCGACAAGGGCCCAAAGUCUUCCAACCCUCAAUUGGCGCGUGACCGUGCUCCGGUCUCCGAAAAGGGUCGUAAUUCAGGACCACCCCGUAACCAUAACAUACCGCCAUUAAUGCAAAACUCGCAGGUGCAGAACGGAAGACCAAGAAGUCAGGGCUCUGCUAAUAGCGGGCCUAUUGGUAACAUAAAAAAUAUCAUCAAUAAGGACACCACGGUCAAUCGUAUCGACGAAAUCAAAUUAAACGAUCCGAACUUGGUAAACCAGGCACUAAAUGAUAUCAACAAAUCCAAGGAAAAGAGGGACGUUGAUGUCGAUAGCAACUGCGUCGAAGAAGGAGUUAGUGCUGGCGAUGACAAAGUUGACGCUGAUGGUUUCCAAGAGGUACGCUCGAAGAAAAAUGUGAAAGAUUCGAGGGGUCAGCAACAGAAAGACGAGCAGCAGACUUCAAAACCCAGUGGUCGUCGUGACAAGGAGCGUGAACGUGAUCGUUCAAAAUCCAAGAGCAACGGGGCCCAGAAUCAACAAGGUUUAGCUGGUCAGCAGGGGCAAAACUCGACGAGUCAGACGAUCGGUCAGGCAGGUGCUGGAGCACCGCCCAAGCAGUACGAGCGCAACGCCAAUCGUCAAAAGCUCGCGCCGCGAUUUCAGAAAGCCAGACUGGCCAAACAGCAGCAGCAGCAGGUCGACGGCGCUGACGGCAAGCCUCUGCCCAAUGCUACUAAAGAAGGUGCUGCUCCACCUCCGCCUGUUAAUGCUUGGGACAAACCGUUCACCAGUGGAUCUCGUUCGCCCCCGGCCGUGCCGGCUGAUAUUCAACUAAUGUCUGGUUUGACAGCGGCGGCCAGCAAUGAGCAGGACUCUACUGAGCGCAAUUCACCGAAGGUCGUGGGAGAGAAGUCAAAAGAUCAGUCUCAGGAGAGCAAGACUGGGCAGGACGCUACAUCGUCCCCACCGGUGCACACGCUCAUUUUCGAAAACACCAACUACACGAAGAGCACAAAGAGCAACGUCACGACUCAAGGCCCUAGCGACAUGGCCAUCAAGCCCAAGUACUCUAACCACGUGAAACCCAAGCGAUCGAGCGAGCUCGAUGACGAGAGUUCACAGCUGCAGCAACAGCAAGCUCUCGCUGUCGCCUUCUCCAGCAAACCUAGUGAUCUCAUCAAGGACAAGCAGCCCGAUCCUAUUCAGAUGCCACUUUCGUUCAACAACAAGGAGGACAGCUCCGACAUGAAGCUUGACUUUACUUUUGAUUCGGACCUGUCACAACUGACCGACGAUAAGAGCAAGACUCUGGGCAUGCCUAGAUCGAUGCAUAUCACAAGCGGUCAGAGCACCAUCUCACCGUCUACGGCCGAGCUCAAUUUGAAAAUUGCCUCGGUAAAGAAGGUCUGGGAGAACGCACCACCGAUGCCGACGGUUGUUGAACACGAAGUCGAUCAAAAUGUCGUUAGCUCGGCUAAUAGCUUCCCGCAGGCGUUCGAAAACAACGAUGAUGACAGCUACAUAACCAAUCAGCAGUACAACCAGGGUAAUAUGAAGAACGAGAUUACCACGUCAACGAACAUUUGCAAGCUGGUUCCCCCGCAGGUGAAGCCGCAGCAACAGACGUCUGGUGGUGGUGGGGUCCAGCCGGGUUCCUCUGUCCCAGGUCCAAGUCCUAUUGGUCCUGGUCAAAGUCCUAUUGGUCAUCCCCCGGCUAAUUUGCAGGGCCCAUUGAGCCCUCCGCCAUUCAAUUCCACUAGUCAACCGUCUCAUAUCAAUUAUCAGAAAAUUACACAGUAUCCGGGCUCUCAGGCUGCGGCGGCGCAAUACGGCAGCAUGUCAGCGAUUCCCUCGCCACCGGCAGUUCUCUUUAACACAAAUUCAGGCCAGUUGCCGGCCCAGGCUGCAGGCGGCCUUUACGGUGCUUUCCAGCUAGAUCAAAGCCGUUCGCCCUUCACUCAAUAUCCACCGUAUGCAGCUUCGCUACAAAGUUCAUUCAACCAGCAAAAUAUGUACCUGCAGCAAGCGCCUCCGCCUCACGCACCUAACGCGCCUACGCCUGAUAUUUAUCAAAGCAACCUUUCGCAAUAUCGACUUCAGACCGCAGCAGCUGCACCGCCAUUCGGUCAAAACCAACAACUUAGCAACAAUCCGAACACGGUACUCAUAAGUUCAUCGUCGAAUUCUCUGAUGUCGGCUAGUGUCAAGCCGACUUCUCAACCAAUCGGUGCUAUUGGCACAAAAGCUCCACAUUUCCAGGCGCCUUCAGCUCCUCCGCAACCAAAUCAACUGGCAUACAUUCCGUACGAUCCCAAUCAAGUAUUAGGAGUGAGUGGCAGCUACAUGGGCAAUUCUCAGCUGGUUCAGCGACCCGGACCUAACGUCCAACCGUCGGCAAAUAAUUAUUAUAAUGCUACCUCGGCGGAUGUGUUCUCGGGCUCGCAAACGGGUUACUAUCAACCCGGUGGCGCUGCCCAACAAACUGGAGCACAUUAUAGCCUUCAGGGUUUCGGCCAGCACAGCCAGAGUCUUACUACUGGUAACGCCGCACCUGUGGGUUUGCAAAAUUUCAGCUCGCAGUUUCUCUCAGGAUCCGGACUGCAAAUUGCUGCCGCCGCGGCUGCCCAACAGUACCGCAAUCCUACUGGAGGACUGCCCGGUCCUGCAAAUGCUGCAGCUACGUUUCUGAACAAGCAUCAGCAGCAGGAUCAGCCGAGACAACUUAAAAGUCCAUCAGGCAAUCAGCAAGAUGUACUUGCUUCAGUUUUCAGCUCAACGCCACAAAUUCCAUCCCCAAAAUCAAGAAAACAACAAUCUUCUUCACAACAACCACAGCCAAGUCCGACCCAACACCAUAAAUUUCAGCAGUAUCAGGGCGUUAGUCAGUCUGCUCUGGUAGGCAGCUACAACAACUACCAGAAUGUGCAGCGUGGUAUGGGAAUGCCGCGUGGAGGUAUUCAACCAUCACAGCAACGUUAUCCGCCACCGAUUCAGCGACCAGUUGUACCAUUCCCCCCGGGACCCAAUAAUUCACAACAGGGCCAGCAGCAGCAAAACUGUAUGCCUAAUCAGCAGUCGCAGAUGAAUCGUCAUAGGCCUAACAUUCACCAGCAGCAGCCGCGCAACAUGAAAAUACAGCAGCAAUAUUACUCUGGGCAAAGCAACGUGAAAAUGGAUUCCAAUGAUAAAGUGGACUCGCACAACGAUAAAAUUAACGAUGUUAACACGGCAAGCCAGGCAGGCCCUAACAAGAAUAGCGCCAAUCUAUCCGAGACCGAUAACAAAGAAGAAAUAAGCCAGCAAAAUGAGUAAAGGAGCCACUACAUACGUAAUCAUCACUGAAAGCUUGCUUAUGUAACUUCUAAUUUUUUUAAUUACUCUAUACACCAAUAUGCGUCAUUUAAAGCAAGGAUACGUCAAACUAUCAAACCUCGGCUUGGAGACAAAUAGAAACAAAAAUUGUAUGAACGGUCGUUCAUUAACUAUAACGAUUCUUUAGAGUAUGGCAAGAUCAAAAUAGUGCACAGCUAUUAUCAAUGCACUCACAAACAUAGAUAAAACUAAUACAGAGAGAAAUUUUAUGUUGAUUUAUUCCAUUCAAAGCCGGGAUGCUAAAACCAAUUUAGCUGAGGCAGUCUUUCAAUUUGAUCAUUUAAUUAAAACGACAUUCGAGUGGUACUCGUUGUGUCAUUUCAUCUAUAUGUCUUAAGUAUUAGCACAGCCCGAAAGUUGAGUGUUGUCAUCAGUGGGAACUAAGUUUUAAAAAGAAAAACAAAAUAUGUUGGAAUUAUGUGCAACGGAAAUUUUUAAGUCAAUCGCUUCGGAAUGAUCAGGCAAGAUAUUUAAUCUAGCUAGAUCUUUAAAUAUUCGAACUCGCGAGUCUUUCAGACAGAUCAGCAUAACGACUCGUCGCAUCCACAAUGCGACAUUAUAAGCCGAAGGGAAAAAAGUGCUCAGUGGUUUUUUUUCUUUGACGAUGAUGAUGGAAACAUGGCAAACAACUUAUAAAGACUGUUUUAUGCUCUGUUCGAAAGGUAGUGUAAAAUAUGAUGAAUCAGUGAUGUGGUCGCUAAGUUUGUAUAGUAGUCCUCAAAUAAUAAAAAAACAAUUGUUUAAUGCUGUAUCGUCCGCAAAUCAACCACGUCUUUCGCGCACCGGUUACGAAAUAUUCACUAUUUCUAGCUAUUUCACGCUUUUAAAGUGUCGGAAAGUGCGGCGCAAGACUCACUUUGUUGCCAAGGCUGAUCAAUGAUUAAACAAAAACUAAACUGAAAGAAGCGUUCGUUUGCUGAUAAAAAAACGCAAAAAUUGUACAUUUUUUCAGUUACUGUUCUUAUUAGAUCGUCUAUAAAUACUAUAAUUAAUAUUAUAUUAAGACGAAAACAAAGAUAAUGAAUAAAAGACAUAAGUUUAAUUAAAACUGAAUUCUAAGCAUUGCUCAUCUCAUUACUAUCAAAUCGACAGAACGCGCAUUAAGUCACGGUCUUUCGAAAAGCCGCGACAGUCAUGACGGAAAAACAGACUGGAUCCGAUUUUUUCUUUUCUCAAGAUACGGAAUCUACUGCCAGUCGUCACGACGACAUCCAAUACGAAUGUUUUUCACGAUAGGUAAUAUAUAAAAUAUUUAAAAAAAUAAAUAUAACACGAUUCAGCGAGAAAAGAAAACUACGCAUCGGAACGAAAAGUCGGAUAUAUAAAAGCGUACCACCGAUUCGAUUGGUGUAACCGUAUCGAAUGUGUUUUAAGGAUAUAUUCGUAACAAAAAACUUUGGUACGUUAUUGUAACUUUAUUCAUGUAAAAAAUGCAUAUGCAAAUAACCUGGAUAUGUCUUUAAUAAAAUCUAAUGGAUAUGAUACAAACAACUCUAGACAAAUGUAAUGCGCAAAAAGUUUGCUACUGACUGUUAGCCGUUUGCUGCGCAAUUGUCGCUCAACCGGUGUCGACGAUUUUAUAGAUAAGAAAUGAAGUGAAAAAAAGAAAGUUAUCAGAAGAUUCUUCUUUUUCAUGCUACUAUAACUAUUAUAAAAUUAUUAUUAAUUAAUUAUCAUUUCUUUUCUUUCCUAAUUGUUAAAAAAAUACACAUUUGUUUACACGUGUACAUUCGACGAACGACGAUUAACGAUGUAAUGUAUCGCCGCUCGAACAGGACAAAAAUGCGUAAAAUAAUACAUGUAAAAGAUUACAAGGGUACUCGGUUAAUCGUUCAAAUAACGCCUAGUGCUUUAGAGAUGUCUGAAAUGGUUAAGAGAAAAAAUAGAAAUGCUAUUAUCCAUUGCGUCCCCCUUUAUUCUUUAUUUUUUCAACGGAGAGACGAAAAUUGUGUCCAAGGCACUGAACACGUGGGUUAUCGAUGCGAGGGUCUGCUUUUUCAUAUUUGCUCUUAGGACCAAUGUAAGACUGGCCAAUUGAUAAUGAGUUCUUUUUUUGAGUAUUAGAGAAAAAUGCGAGAUUUAUUUGUAAACGAUAGUCUAGAGCUCUACGCAAGUCUUUGUUUCUAUUAUUUUUUCUUUGCUUUAACUCUGACAUUGUGUAAUUUAAUUUUUAUCCUUAAAACGAACAGUUUAAUUUGUCUCAGUAGUAAUUAAUGAAGCAAGCGUAAGCGCAUAGCCUACUCCGAUAACGUUGUAUGAUUAUUACUGUGACUGACAAUACGUGUCCUGUAGAUAUUGUUUUACUCGAAAGACUGAAAGCUUGUAUGUUUCCGUGGUUUUUUUGCAAAAGAAAAAUAAUAAGUGUGCCUGCAUGCACACUGCCAAGAUGGGAGGCUGUCUGUUAUAAACGAAUCUGUUUAGCUGCGAAUAGUCGUUUGUUUAUUGUAAGUUUAUUCAGCCAAUGCGAGUCGAUUUUUCUCGUGAAGAAAAAAAACAUUGAGAUCGAAAAAGAGAUAUCAGUGAUAAAGGUAGACCCUUGGAUUAAAUCAGCCCCCACCCGAAAGUGCCUAUAAAUUUUUUUAUCUUUCCUUGAGUUGAAAACUGAAUACUUUCUUGAGACGAAUGUUAUGCACCUACGACGAAUGAUUUACUGUAAAAGAUCAAUAAACAUUAAAUAGAGAAAUUAUUAUACUGAAAAAGGAGAAAAAAAUAGUUUGUUAUUUUUAUUUUCUCUUUUUUCACUUUCUAUUCGCAACAUCGCGAUUUUCAUUAUUUUUUGCAUGUUUCAAAGUCUUGAUUUUUUUGUCUUGUUCUUUAGGUUUAAUUACCUAUGUACAUCUAAACGCAGAAUGUGAGUUCGCUGGUUGCUCAAAUGAAGAAAUAACUAUUUUACUUUUUGUUUCAACCCAACUUGCUUACUGCAGUGAGAUGUAUUAUUUUUCUUUUUUAUGUUUCAAUGAUUAGUUGGCGAUGUUCAAUUCGUAUUCAGAAUCAGAAUAACGAGCGAAACUAAUAAAAAAUAAAAGACUUGUGGAUAAGUGGCAAGAAGAUAUGGAAAAAUAUGUAGCCUUUUAUUUGACACUGUAAGAUAUUUAAUUAAUAAUAAUAAAGAAAACGUUUACAAAAUAUUUUCGUGUUUUGCAGAAAUAAAGGAUAAAGAGGCGAAUUAUAAGCCUCUAAUAAUUGAAAUGUCUAAUGAGUAACGAUUAGAGCAAGUGUGUAUCAACUCAUCGAAAUCAUUUUGUCGUAUCGAUGUAUUAUUAUGACUUUGAUUUAAUGAUAAAAAAGUAUAUAAAGAUGAAUCGAUCAAUUAUAUAUGAAUCUAUUAUAGAUGAAGAUAUGCCAUAAUAAUCCAGGUUUUUUCCUUCGAAACCAUUUGUAUAUCCUCUUGUACGAUGUUAUAUUGAUGUCGGAGAAAUGAACCAUUGAUUUAUAUGUACACAAAAUAAUAAUUGAAAAAAAAAAGAAAAAAAAGACGCGAAAAAAUUUAAAAACGGAAAUAUUCUCAGUCGUUUCGAAUGUGAAAGAAAAAAAAUAUAUAGAGUGAGUAUAUUCGCGAAGUAUAAGAUUUUGGGCUCGUCGUGGGCCGUAAAAUGACAAUUUUUAGGUGGAUAAAUUUGUUGGAUGACGUUUGAUAUUAAAAGUAAAUCGAUGCCGACAAGAGAAUUACCCAGAGGACAAUUAUAACGUGGAUGGCAAUUGAUGAAUGAAAGAAAAGUAUAAGAAGAGUCGUCGUUACGUAUAACGAAUCAAUGCACUAUGGACGAAAUACAGAAAUGAGGGAAAAGGAGAAGAUAAACACGAAAUAAUGGCAUAAACAUUACGCUUGCGGUGUAAUUAUUGUCUUUAGCAGCAAUGAAUUGUAAAUUAAAAGUACCUGGUUGCAGUCGUAAGCGAGCAACUUGUCUGGCAAGCGCUUGGUUGCGAUUACAACUUUACUUUGGAAAACAAAAUCGUUGAAGUGUUGCCUUUUAUUUCUCAUCGUUACCCUCAUAUUGCAUC